AUGGAUGGCGCACCCGCGCAGUCGUGCGUAACACCUCCUCGUCGGAAGCGCACUUGGACACCCGGCUCGAUCACAAAUGCGUACUCUACGAAGAGGCGAAGAAUUUCCAUGACCACGGUGGAACUGGCUAAGGAGAUAUCUUCUCAAGUAGAAAGCCGCACACCGGGACACACUACAGUGGCUGACCGUUUCAUUACGGCGCGCCCGAAGUUUGCCAUGCCGUUCAACAUAACGCCCCGCAGCCAGCGCAUUGGUCGCCAGUUUGGUAUGGCAGAGGACCGCAUGCUCAAGUUCACAGAAGCAAAGUCGUCGGGCACGGAAGACAUUGGCCUACGCGCCAAUUUUUCCCAGCUACUCACCACACCGCCCAAGAUUUCACCAACCUCAGCAGCUAUGCACCUCGGCUCGCGGAAGCAAUUCAUUCUUGCUCUUGAUGGGCCAGGAAUUCCCUCAGAUCCAUUUGCUUUUCCACUGUCGUGGUCGGCGCGUAACGCGAUCGCGGUGGCGUGUGGGCGCGACGUGUACUACCAGAACCUGGACACGCGCUCCAUCUCGCAUCUGUGUACGCUCACGCAGCGCCGCCGUGGCCGGCUCGCAAGCAUCGAGUGGGCGAACACGAAACCACACCUACUUGGCCUGGGCACCACCACAGGGUGCGUGCAGCUUUGGGAUGUAGACAGCAAGACGGUGCUGCGAGAGUGGGAAGACGAAGGAUGGGGCCAGGUCGGUGGGAUGGGCUGGAACGGGGACGUGCUCGCCGUGGGCACGCACCAUGGAGACAUCGUGCUGUACGAUGUGCGGGAGGAGCAUGAAGUCUCUAGGGUGUCGACGCACAGGGGUGGCGUGCUCGGGGUACGAUGGAGCCACGACGGGAAUUACAUGGCGUCGGGCGACGAUCGUGGCGUGGUUCACUUCUGGGAUGCUCGCGCGGGCAAGGCGCUCACGAAUGAGAACAAGCUGGGCAGCAAGAUGAAGCAUCAAGGUCCUGUGAAGGCGCUGGCUUGGUGUCCCUGGAAGCCGGACUUGCUCGCGACCGGUUCUACGUAUUCCGACGGCAGAAUCCGUAUCUACAGUGUGCACUCGACAGCGCCCGCUGCGGAGCCUCUGCACACGCUGAGUCUGAACACGUCGGUGACGUCGCUCAUCUGGUCGCCACACUGCAAGGAGCUUUUGAGCACGCACGGCACAUCGUGGCAGCCGAGGGCGUCCUCAAUGUCUACGCUGUCAUCUAUCUCUGCCCACUUUCGCCCAGUACCAGUCAAAGGGCCGCUCACAAACUCGCUUACCGUACACUCGUACCCGUCGAUGCGCCGUGUCGUGAGCGUGCCCGCGCAUUCGGGCGCAGUGGGACACAGCUGUCUGGGCCCUGACGGUACCCUCGUCUUCACGAUAUGUCCGGCAGAGGAAGCAAUGAAGAUGUGGAAAGUGUGGGGCGUGUCCGAGAACGUGCAACCUCGCGAGAGCGUGUUUGACAAGUGCAGCAUCCGCUAG